AGGCUGCAGCCAGGGCAGCAGACGGGAGAGCUCAGCCGUGUGCGAAGGGGCUGUUAGCCAGAGCGCAGGGGCUCGCCGCGCUGCCGGCUUUAACCGUGUGCUACCCCGGUGCAGCCCCAGAGCUGUGUCCUCUGUGCCACGUCGGCCUCCCCGCUUGGCGCGGGGUGCGGGCGGCUUGGCCCGCGCUGGGGCAGCGGCUUUCCCCUGCUCCAGCUGGGAGAUGGGAUCAGUGCGAAUGCUGCAAAGUUCCUCUGCUUUCCCUCUCUGCGUGCUCAUGUUACAGUCGGUCUCGCUGUAACAACCUCUUCCACUCUCAAACAUCUCAGCAAACACCGGGACUGCCUAAAGUGCAUGGAAAUCUCCCUGCUCACCAAAAUCCUCAUGUUUUGCAUUUCCCUGCGUUUGUGCAUAGAAACCUGUAGUGAUAUUUGUGUGAAUUUCCUGUUUCUUUCUUUCUUUCUCUCUUUUUUUUUUGGUUGUCUUGUUCCUCUCUCCUGAUUUACUGCAUGUGCUCACGUGGCCUGGGAAAGGGGGGCUCUCAAACUGCUUUGCUUCCAGAAGGGAAAGACGCUGGCAGGCAUUCACAUUUCAGCCCUCAACUUCUGUAGGUUAAAGUCUCCCAGUGGGAAAAUGGAGCGCGUAAGAGAGCUGGUGGCGAUGGUCGCUAGAAGGAAAGCGGAAAAAAGGAGCGCGUAAUUUCAGAGCUCCAGCCAGAUGAAGGUUUAAAGACCUAAGAAGUCCGCAGAGUGCGUGUCUAACGCGUGGUUUACCAUCUGCAGGUGAGCGGUGUGAUGAAGAGUGCUGCUAGCACACGAAUUUCCAGCAGAACGUUUCUUUCCACCAGUGUCAACAUGCAGAGCAACUACUCCCUGGUCAUCACCACCAGAGAGACUCUCCAGGUCCUCUACACGGCGCUGACCAACACGUCGGCUGCCCUCCGCGCGCCUCCUCCCUGCCCGCUUACCUCUUCUGACUAUCAAUUCUCAUUAAUUCCGGCGCUCUUCUCCGUAGUUUUUGUUCUGGGGUUGGUUGGCAACAGUGUGGUGGUGGUGGUACUCUGUCGUCAAAGCGGCCCCAAAACAGUUGCUAAUAUCUACAUUUUCAACCUGGCCAUGGCGGAUUUGCUGUGCCUUGCCACCCUCCCCUUCUGGGCUACCUAUUACGCACAUGGAUACAACUGGCUUUUUGGAUCUCUCAUGUGCAAAAUCUCCAGCUCGGUCCUGUGCCUGAACAUGUUUGCAAGUACAUUUUUCAUCACCUGCAUGAGUUUGGACCGGUACCGUGCUAUUGUCCACCCUAUUCGCUCUCAAAGGAGAACUCUGCAGCAGGCAUAUGUUAUAGCACUGGUUGUGUGGAGCCUGGCCUGUUUCUCCUCCCUCCCCACUUUUUAUUUCCGUGACACGCACUACAUUAAAAGCCUGGGGGUAAAUGCUUGUAUUAUGGCCUUUCCUCAUGAGAAUUAUGCAAAAUGGUCUGUGGGAACAGCCUUCCUGAAAAAUGCACUCGGUUUCUUCAUCCCCUUGGCAGUGAUCACCACGUGCUACAUCUGGAUCAGGAGGCACUUGCUAAAAGCACAGGAGUUUGGGAAAAACAAGCAGAAAAUGGACAAAGUCUUAAAGCUGGUGGCUGCCGUUGUUGUGGCCUUCCUGAUUUGCUGGCUCCCGUUCCACAUUUUAACAUUUCUGGAUGCGCUGGCUCAUAUGAACAUCAUUAAUGACUGUGCCGUGACUGGCAUCAUCGACAUGGCGCUGCCCUUUGGCAUCUGCCUGGCAUUUGCCAACAGCUGCAUCAACCCUUUACUGUACUGCUUUAUCGGGAACCAGUUCCAGGAGAAGCUCCACCACUUGUUCAAACGCCGGGUUUACCAGUUCAACAGCCAUCGAGAGAGCUCCUCUUUGCGAAAAGGGAGCUGCUUCAGAGACGCCGAGACCCUGGGGGGUGGCGGAGAGGGGCCUGAGCCCACGCGGUAGGCGCUGGGCACGGCACGGGGCUGUGCUGGUGCAGCGGGCUGCCCUGCGGUGAUGAUGCUCUUCUCUUCGUUUUGCAUCCGCUCGUCCACCAGCUGUUUGGAGGAGAACUUGUUUUGUUGUAUGUGGGGACCUACUCUUCCUUUCCGCAAUGAGCACCCAAGUUUUGCAUAAAGGGAAGUUUCUGGCAAAUAAAUAUAGCAAUGGCAUUUUAAAUAUCA